CUUCUUUCUUUCUUUCUUUCUCUUUCUCCAAAAUGCCUAUCCGACCCCGACAGUUUCUCCUCCCCGAUCUACUCGCCAUAUGUCCCCUCGAAGGUGCCAAAAACCCCCACUACUGUGAAGCAGCUCCCGAAUCUUCCGCCUGGAUCAACAGCUACGACGUAUUUACGGACCGAAAACGCGCCCACUUUAUCCAAGGCUGCAACGAACUUCUCGUCGCACACACUUACCCUUAUACCCCCUACGAACAGUUCCGAACAUGUUGUGAUUUUGUCAAUCUCCUCUUUAUUGUAGACGAAAUCAGCGAUGAACAAAACGGCCGGGAUACCGCGGUCACCGGAAACAUCUUCCUCGAAACUAUGCGUAAUCCCAACUACUGCAAUUCGUCCAAGCUCGCGCAGAUAACUAAAGAUUUCAGGACGAGAUAUUUCCGAACGGCAAGACCUGUGACUUCCGCUCGGUUUAUAGAACACUGUGCGGACUAUAUCCGGGCAGUCUCUGCCGAAUCAGAGCUUCGCGAACGCGGUGAAGUCCUCGACGUCGACGCCUUCAUCCAACUCCGACGUAACAACAGCGCGGUCAUCCUUUGUUUCGAUAUGAUAGAAUACGCACUCGGUAUCAGUCUUCCGGAAGAGGUUGUUGACAAUCCGACAUUCCGUGAGAUGUACUGGGCUGCCACUGAUAUGGUGUGCUGGGCCAAUGACGUUUAUUCGUGGAACAUGGAACAAGCCAAGGGUAUCGGUGGCAACAAUAUCAUCACCGUCCUUAUGAAACACAAAAACAUGAGUCUACAAUCGGCUUGCGAUUACGUGGGGUUGUACUGCGAGGAGCUCGUGAACCGUUAUCUUUCCGCCAAAGCCAGACUACCUUCCUGGGGAUCGUCGAAACUGGAUGGGGACGUGGCUCGGUAUGCGGAGGCGUGUGGUCAUUGGGUGAAGGGGAAUUUGGACUGGAGUUUUGAGACGAUACGGUAUUUCGGGACUGCUCAUUACGAAGUCAAAAGAACUCGAUUGGUUACCCUCCGUCGUCCUUGUGACUCUAACGACUUCGAUUCCGACAGUGAUUGAUUGAACGGCCACCAUGCGAUCUUUUGUCUUGAUGGACAGAAUUUAAAUAAGUUAAACAUAGUGUAUAUCUUGGCCUGUGAUAUUUAUCUACAGUAAUUUCUUCUAUAGUGUUAGUAAUUGUUGAACUUUUAGUAUUUAAUUGGUACGAGGUUGAUCUUCAGCAUAUUUCGAGUUUACUCGUAUAACAUUCUUUCAAUACAGCACGGAAGGUCAAGGAACUUCCACUAGGACGACU